AUGACAUUGAUCGCAAAGUACCUCUUGGAUCCGCCACCUGCACAUAUAGCAUACGGCAUGACGCCCCUUCUUCUACCGCCAGCAAACCUUCUGGAUCAUAUUCCUCGAAAGAUCCUCGACAUGUCAGAGUCGUCAUCAUCGGCUGGAGCAGUUUCAUCACCUCCUGUGGCGCUCAUCACCGGAGCUGCCUCCGGUAUGGGCCUCGCACUGACGCGCCACCUCGUCCUCGUCAAAGGAUGGCGUGUCGCGAUGUGCGACGUCAAUGCCGCUAUUGGCGAGAACGAGUCUCGCAAGUUGAACACCGCAACCGGAACGAGCAGCGCCCAUUCUUCGAAUGCUGAUGCCAACAACAAUAGUCCCACGCAACAGCGAACAAUCUUCCGCAAAGUCGACAUAACAUCCUACGCCCAACAAGCCGCCUUCUUUAAGGAGGUCUUUGAAUGGUCCGGCGGCCACAUCGACUACUUCGCCGCGAACGCUGGCAUCAUGGACGUAGGCAGCCUCUUCGAGCCCAUCCAGCGAAUGAAAUUCGACGCCACCACGGACGUUCCAGUCCCACCAUCGACCUUGCCAGUAGACGUCAACUUCCGUGCUGUGCUAGAGGGUAUCUGGCUGUAUCGCUACUUCCAUGGUCAGCGUAAGCGGGCCGAAAAGGGGCAGCCACCACGAGGUCGCAUCACGGUGACGGGUAGUAGCUCCGGGCUGUACCCAUUCCAUGGACAGGUGCAGUACAGCGCGACGAAACAUGCCGUGGUGGGCGUGGUGCGGUCGUCCGCUGUGCCGCUACGCAGGGAGAAUAUCAGUAUCAACGCCCUUGCGCCGAGCUUUGUCGCGACGGGGUUGUUGCCGGCGCAGUUCCUCAGGGAUUGGCCGAAGGAACAUAUGGUCUCGAUGGAUAAUGUGCUACGCACUCAUGAUAUGUUCAUUGAUGAUGGGGCUGGGGAGAGGUGGGAUGGUGUUGUGGGUAGGGAAACCGCGACAGAUAAGUCGAGGCCAAGGAAGGCGGGGUCAAUGAUGACGGGGGAGAUUGUUGAGUUGAGCCAGGAGGAUAUGUUCUUCAGGAGGCCGGUGGCGUAUCCGAAUGAGAGCCAGAGGUGGUUGAAUGAGGAUAGUGCAAAGUACUUUCGGGAUAUUGAGCGGCAGAAGGUCGAGUUGAACAAAGCGAGAGAGGCGAAGUUGUAA